AUGCAGGCUAGUGAAGGCUAUGAUAUGGACAGAGCCCGAGCAACAUGCAAUGCCAUUGGUGGGACACCAACACAGGAUGGAACCGUUCUCAAGGGAGAGAGCGGUGCGUCUAAGUUUACCUGGAUACUGCAAACGUACAGUAUAACACAGUGCAACGUGAAGAUGUUGGGAUUUGAAGUCAUCCACUCGAGUACUUCAAACUGUGAUUUCGUUGUGUCAGUCUGGAACCAUGAUACACCGGGUAUUAAGAAGAAUGAGUACAUACUAGAGUACGUGGCACCCACUGUGCGCAUGCCUGCUGCAUCCACACCUACACUGUUCAGCUAUAACUACACAAGCAGUAACAGGCGAACAUUUCGCUAUUCCAAGACAGUGUUCAUUGGCAUCACCACGAAGCAGUCAGCAUGCCGUGUAUUGGGAAGCUCUACAUCAGCAGACGAUAUCGACGAGUGCGCAGCCACACCAUCCCUGUGUACAUCCUACACAAACAAUGUGUGUAAUAACACAUUUGGAUCAUACAGUUGUGUUUGUAAGAGUGGAUACAGUGGAACUGGUGGUGCUUCUGGUACGUGUACUUAUAUACCUACCACGGUACCAACAACAACACCGACAACUACACCAACAACAACACCAACCACCACACCCACCACCACACCAACCACCACACCAACCACUACACCAACCACCACACCCACCACCACACCCACCACCACACCAACCACCACACCAACAACCACACCAACCACCACACCAACCACCACACCCACCACCACACCAACCACCACACCAACCACCACACCAACCACUACUCCAACCACCACACCCACCACCACACCAACCACUACUCCAACCACCACACCGACCAACAGACCAACCACCACCCCAGCCACCACCCCAACCACUACGCCAUCCACUACACCAACCACCACACCAACCACCACACCAACCACCACACCAACCACCACACCGACCACCACACCAACCACCACACCAACUACCACACCAACCACCACACCAACCACCCCACCCACCACAACACCAACCACCAUACCACCCACCACACCAACCACCACACCAACCACCACACCAAUCACCACACCAACCACCACACCCACAACCACCCCAACCACCACACCAACCACUAUAUCAACCACCACACCAACUACCACACCAGCCACCACACGAACCACCACACGAACCACCACACCAACCACCACACCAACCACAAUACCUACCACUGCGCCAACCAAAAUGCAAACCACCGCACAACCCACCACCCCAACCACUACACCAACCACUACACCAAUCACCACACCGACCACUAACUCAGCCACAACCAUACCAACCACAAUGCAAACCACCGCACAACCCACCACCCCAACCACUACACCAACCACCACUCCAACCACCACCCCAACCACCACCCCAACCACCACCCCAAGCACUAACCCAGCCACCACAACGCCCACCACCAUAUCAGCCACGACUCCAACCAUUCUCCCGAGCACUCGACCAACAACCUUGCCAACCAUCGCACCAACAACAGUUUCUGAUAUCACGAGCACAACAGCUGGUAUCGUUGUUGAUGGUGGCGGCAAUGAUAGCCAGUUGUCUGGAUCUGGUAAUCUUGCAAUACCGGUUGGGGCUGCAGUCGGCGGAGCAGCUUUCUUACUGAUCGUACUAGUCAUUGGCCUGUUAUACCGACGUCAUCAUCGACAUACACACAGUGAAAUGAAGGUGAAGGAAUCAUUAACUGGUAUGAUGGCAUUUUCAAGUGGGACUUACGGAUAUCCGUCAGGUGAAUCAAUACAACUAGGUGAUUUUGGCAUCCAGAAUCCAGCAACAUACGUGAAUGAAGAAGUCUUCGAGAGCAGCUCCACGAGCAAGCACUCUGAACCUCGGCAGACAUCACGCAGAGAUCUUCUGUCGAAUAUGGAGGAGAGUGCAUUCCAAGGCUCUACAGGGGAUAAUAACAAAGGCAGCGUACGCGUACCUAGUCGACCCAGUCAUACUGUCAGGAGAGAAACAGGUACGGCUAGCAGUGUACGUGGUCCUCAGCACUCUAUUGCUGAGAACGGUGGUGAUGGUGGUGAUGGUGGUGGAUAUGCUCGGCUAGGCACAGGAGAACGUCGUAGAAAAGGUGGUGAUGGUGGUGCUGCUGAGGCUGGUGAUGAUGGUGGAUAUGCUCGGCUAGGUACAGGGGAACGUCCCAGACCCGCUGCACCCAGAUCAUCUAGAGGUUCAACAAUCCGUGGAUCCGAUGAUAUCUAUGAUACUCUCAGGCUGAACAUAGACCCGACGGCACCUGUUGUUGACCCACCGGAAGAUGUAGAAGAUCUGUAUUCCCAUCUUCAAGCGCCGCAGCAAUACAGGCAACUACUGCGUCAAGACGUCAAGCUUGGCCAACGGCUUGGCUCCGGGGAGUUUGGUGUUGUACUGCGAGGUGACUUAACUGUGGGAACUACCGAGAUACCAGUAGCCGUGAAAGUUUUAAAGGACACCAGGCUGGAAGCUCGUAAAUCCUUACUGCAAGAAGCCGCAUUGAUGGGCCAGUUUUUCCAUGGCAACGUCGUCAAGCUAUGUGGUGUCGUUACUGCCAGUGAACCGGUACUGGUUGUACUGGAAUACAUGGCUAGAGGUGACCUGCGCAAUUAUCUUCUCUCCAUACAACCAGACCCUGGACAGUUGGUUGAUGAUGACAUGCUCACUAAGCUAUACACACACUGUAGACAGAUUGCUGACGGUAUGGCGUAUCUAGAGAACCGUCAGUUUGUACACAGAGACCUUGCUGCUCGCAAUGUCAUGAUGGACGCAAACAAGACAUGCAAAAUUGGAGACUUUGGUAUGUCACGUCGACUAGCUGAUGAUACUUACUACCAAUCUCAUGGUGGCAAGAUACCUUUCAAGUGGACUGCGCCUGAAGCUCUGCUGUACCGCAAGUUUUCCUCGGCAAGUGAUGUGUGGAGUUUUGGUGUUGUGAUGUUCGAGAUCUACGCCUUCGGGAAGAAACCAUUCUUUGGCAUGACACCGGACAAGGUGAUCAGGCUUAUAGCUGAGGAGAAAGGCCGUCUGCCACCUCCACCAGGCUGUCCCCGUGCCAUUUACAGACAGAUGAUAGAGUGCUGGCAUCCGACUAGCCGCAGUCGUCCUCUCUUCACCACCAUUGCCAAGCGUUUGCAGCGAAGCCAACAAGAAUUCACGAAGCCCGCCGUUCUGGAUAGCGAUUCCACUCCGGACCGCACCGCUGCGCAGGAAGAGCAGAGUCGCCUGGCCACAGUUCUUGGUGUUCGCUUGGUGUACGGUGAGCCACUCUACAGGGACUUACAGAACUGUUACAGGACUCUGAGUAGGCAGUAACAGUUAGCAUUGCUGCGGCGUGCCAGUCGACGCCAUGUGGACAUGGAAGCCUGUAUGAGUGUUUAAUGUGUACGGUGAACCAUACGGGCCGAUCCGGUCAGUACAUAAUAACAUAUUACUGUGUGUACGUGUCGAAGUAGUACUUCCUGUGGACAUUUGUCAGUGCAUGUAUGGAGUCGUAUGAGCAUAUCCUGUGUAUUUGGAGUAAGUGACGUCCACCAGGUGCAUGGUUUUCAUGUAGCAUUGUUAAACCAUGUAACUAGUUUCCGUAUCGGAAGAUGUGCAUUGCUCAUCACAUUUAUAGGGUUCAGUGAUGGGCUAGUGCAAAUUGGCAAAUAAUAAUUCUAAAGGAAAUGUCUUUUUCUGCAUCAUCCACCAUCUCAACAGUGCCGAAUGCUAUUGUUGCUUACUUUAUCUAGGUAUUAUUUUGUCAUUUAAUAAUUGCAGAGAAUUUGUAGUUUUCAGUAAUGACUGAACCUCCAUCCAAUAUUUGUAAUUUCUUGAGAACAUACUAGUAGCAGUUUAUUCUGACAUAAGCAAUUAUUACAUACACGGUACACCUACUCAAAAUUUAAUGAAUAAUAAUAAUGUAGAAGAGUAGAGUUAGUUAGUUAGUGAUUUUUUUGGUAUUUGAUUCGCAGUUUGUGUAAGAAAGAUGUAAUGUUAACACACUACAAGUAGAAGACUUUCGAAGAAAUAUAUUUUUUUAUCUAUCCCAGUUUACCGAUUUGAACUGUACUGCAUGCAUGUAACUCCCAGAAUAAUUAUAGUGUCAAUUUUUGCAAUUUCAGAGCAGCUAGUUUUCACAAUUUCCUAGCCCGUUUUGGUAUUGAAAUUCCAGAUUUUGAUAUAUUUUU